GCUCUGAAACGUCUCAGAAGAAAGGGCAGAAAACUGAAGGAAUUUGUUUAUGAGCGUAUCCGUCCAAGCAUACCGAAUUCCUCUUGGUUACGUCGUUAUGUGACGGUUAGAAGAGUUACAAAGCUAAGAAUGUGCAGAAAAGACUACUGAUAAUCCCUGGGAGUGCCUAACUCCUAACUGAACUGUUUUUUAAUUUGCAGAAAUGGGAGACCCAAUUGAACAAAGGAAGUCUGUAGUAACAGAAUUGCGGCUGUCAGAAAUAAGCCAUGAUGUAGGAACCUGCUGGCGUGAGUUAGGACCAAUGCUUAAGAUUAUGGCAUCCAAGAUUCAGAACCUGGAUGAGGAGCACAAAUCUAAUCGAGACAAAGCCAAUGCCCUUCUUCUCACUUGGAAACAAAAAGAAGGAAGUCGUGCAAUGGCUGGAGUCCUUGCAGAUGCUUUGGAGAGUAUUGGAAGAAAAAGCAUUGCAGAAAAAGUGCUUGGUGACGCUUUGGGUGGUAAAGAGCAUAUAGCUGGAUUAGACGAUACAAUCCAAGUUAACAAAUUGCAGAAGAAAAUAACUGAAAUACAAGAAAACGCCAAGCAAUUGGAGGAAGAGGGUUUCAAAGUAAAGGAAAGAAUGAAAGAGUUAGAACAAAACCAUGCAAAGGUGACACAGGAAAAUCAAGACCUUAAAGACCGAGGUGUCCAAGUUAGAGCAAGAAUGAAAGAAUUAGAAGGAGAACUCGCAACGGCGACAAAGGAAAAGCAAAACCUUGAAGAACGAUGCCAGGAAUUACAAGAGAAAAACUCAGAACUGGUAAACGAAUUGCGAGAUGCCAAACAGCAGACCCAAAGCGUGAGUUCUGAACAGGAUCGUGGGGUUGAUUUGGAUUCAUCACCACAAGAGGAUCCAGAAAACACCAGAGAUCAGGCCGGUACAGAACGAGAGAUCACUGUCCAGCUAAAGCUUCUUAAUGAAGACCUCUACAAAGGCGUGGUAUCUAAGCUGCAAGCUCCAGAAGUAAAGGAAGACAAACUUGAGACUCGCGUCAUGGUGGAUCGACUGAUCAGACUGAGUGUGACGCUUCAAGAGUUAUACACCACCACUCUGUCCAAGGCUCCUGAGGCAUGCAAAUGUAGUGAGGAAGUAAAACGAGAAUUCUCUGAAUUUGCGUAUUACGGCCUUAGAGCUGAGCACAAUGACUUGGUGCACCGAGUGAAAGAGUUAAUAUCAGUUGAAGAAAAAAUGACGAGCGAGGAGAAAAGUGAACUGUUUAAACUGAAACAGCUCCAGACCAAUCGGCAAAGGCAGGUUGAUGAAUUGGAAAAACUGUGGGGAGGUCUGUUCUCACCGCCCGAAAGUCUUCCAAAAACACGCUCUGCGCCCUCUGCACCGAGUGGAUGUUCCACUGACUCUGAAAAAAAGGACUCGAAACGACACAAUUCAUAUCCCAGUAGACAAAGCACCAGCAUAGCGACAUCUACAACAAGCGAUGACGAAACACACGAAGUGUCUUUCACAAAGCCGUUCAAGUGGAAGAAGACCUUUUUCAGUAGAAAAAAGAGUAAUAAUGAAAACUCAUGUUGCCUGGUGUCCUACUCACCAAUAGCCCACAGCAGAGUGACAUCAUCACAGCCAUAAAAGGAGCAUUGUGCGCCGUUACGAGGAAAUGACGUGACAAACAUUUUUCUCUUGGUGCAGAAAAGACUACUGAUAAUCCCUGGGAGUGCCUAACUCGUAACUAAACUGUCAUUUAAUUUGCU